CACACCGACAAGCAUACCUUCUAGUGUCCAGAAUCAUCAUUAUGUCUAGCAGCAAGAACGUGGUUUUCGACAUCGUGGGCACUCUGGUUUCGUAUGAUGUCCUAUUCGAUGCGAUCGACGAGCAGAUGGGCGACCGACUCCGAGCGGAGGGCAUCAAGCCGACGCUGCUGGGAUACACCUGGAUCGAAGUUGCAGAGCGGGAAUACACCUAUCUUAGCAUCAGUGGCCAGUAUAAGCCCUUUGCGACGUGCUUUGAGCUGCUGUUCUGGCGCAUGCUGCACAUGGCAGGCAUCUCCGAGCCCCGAAGCUUCGCCACGGAAAAGGACCUCGAAUUCAUCAUGGAAAAGUAUGCCAAACUUGGAUUGCGACCGGGCGCAAUAGAAUGCAUCACCAAGCUGCGCGACGCUGGGUACACGGUUUGGGCUUUCACAGCUGGGGACCUGGCGAGAGUGGGGGGCUACUUCGCAGAGGCCGGUCUCGAAUGGCCCGCAGAGAAUCUGCUGUCCUGCGAUACCCAGGGGAUAGGAAAGCCUGAUCUGCAAGCGUACCAGCCGCUCCUUGAGCGACUGUCACAGCACGGGCGGCCAUGGUUCGCUGCCGGUCAUAUGUGGGACGUUUCGGCGGCUCGCUGUGCGGGAUACAAAUCCGCUUAUUGUUCCAUUUGGGAGAAGGAGCCGAUCACUGAGUUAUUUGGAGAUAUGGAUGUCAUGGCAGAGACACUUCCCGAGAUGGCUGAUAAGAUCAUUGCAGCACAGUAACUUGAUGACGGUGUUGCUUUCAUGAUAACAGUGUGUCGUGGUGGGUCAGUCAUGUUGGAGACGCUGCAUGUUUCGGCGAAUUAGGCGUUGUUCAAGCUGUCCCAGAAG